AUGGGAGUUCCAACUUUUUAUAGAUGGUUGGUUACUAGAUAUCCAAAAAUAGUUAAAUCUGUUUAUGAAUCAAGAGAUAGUGAUGUAUAUUUAAGAAGAACAAAAAUAGAACAAGAUGGUGAGUUUUUUAAAGUUCAUGAUUUAGGAGAUUAUGUUAAUAAUACAGAUGAAUUACACUGUUCGGAUAAUAUUAAUGGGUACUUCGAUAAUUUAUAUUUAGAUAUGAAUGGUAUUAUUCAUUUAUGUUCUCACAGUGAUAAUAGUAAAAGAGCAAAAAGCAAUGAAGAAAUAUUUCUUAAUGUAUUUUUAUAUGUGGAAAGACUAUUUGAUGUUAUUGAACCAAGGAAUCUUUUAUAUAUGGCAAUUGAUGGUGUUGCUCCCAAAGCAAAAAUGAAUCAGCAAAGAAGCAGAAGGUUCAAAUCAAUUUUAUGCUCAGAAAUUGAAAAAAAGGCAUAUAUGGAAUUAAAAGAAAAAUUUGUUUCAGAAAAUAGAAUGGUUCCAGAAGAGUCUUCUUAUUGGGAUAGUAACGUAAUAACCCCAGGGACUCAAUUUAUGCAUGAAUUAUCUAUUGCCUUAAAAUAUUUUAUUGAACAUAAGAUAACAAAUGAUGAAAAAUGGAAAAAAAUUGUUGUAAUAUUUUCUGAUUCUAAUGUUUGUGGGGAAGGAGAACAUAAAAUUUUUAAUUUUAUAAAAUCUCAAAGAGCACAAAAAGGGUAUGAUCCUAACACUAGGCAUGUUAUACAUGGAAUGGAUGCUGAUUUGAUUAUGCUUUCUUUAGCUAGUCAUGAACCAUACUUUUACAUUCUGAGAGAAAUUAUUGAUUUGGACCCAAAAGGUGAAGAAAAAGAAAAGAAAAAGGAAUAUGUAGGAAUGCUAAAAAAUAAAGAAGAUGCAUAUUUUUGUAGUCAAUUUAUGAAUCCUAUAAAAAAGACAUGUAAUAAAUAUAAUGAUCCUAAUUAUGCCAAUGUAAAUAUAAGUAAUACAUCAUCUCUUAACUAUCAAAAUUGGAAUGAACUACAAAUAUUAGAUUUAACUAUAUUAAGAGAAUAUUUGUCGAAGGAUCUAUUUUUUGAUUCUUCAUUUAAUAUGGAAAGAUGCAUUGAUGACUUUAUAUUCAUUUGUUUUUUUUGUGGAAAUGAUUUCCUUCCUCAUUUACCAUCAAUAUCUAUAGCAGGAGGAAGUAUUGACCAACUAGUUUUGUUAUAUCAAAAAGUUUUACCUACACUGGGUGACUAUUUAAUUAACGAAGGUACUUUAAAUUUAAAAUCAUUUUUUAAAUAUGUAUCUUUUAUUGCGGAAGUUGAAAGAGAGACUUUUAUUUCACAAUAUGACUUCAAAAAAAAAAGAGAAAAAAGAGAGUUACAGAAAGAUUCACUGAAAAGAGUAAAAUGCAUUGAAGAAGAAAAAAACAAGAAUUCUAUAAGCAACAAAACAAAUAUUAAUUCUGAUGAGAAUAGUUGUAUAAAUACAAAUAACUUUUGUAGUUAUACCAAAGAAAGUAAUCUAGAACAAAAUUCCUUAGAACAACCCUCAACACGCAGCAUUAUUUCUAAAAAAAUGCUAUAUGAAUCAAAAAUUCAAAGCAUGCAACCAAUAAGAAAUAUUAGGUACAAAGACAAAAAAGGGGAAAAAAGUAUAAACUUUCUUGUCCGACCUCCAUCCAAUAUUUCUGAACAGAUAGCAGAUGAACAAACUGUAAAUUGCAAUAUAAAUGAAGUAAAAGAGAAUAAUAAUAAAGAAAAUAAAAUAGAGGCAAAAGCAAAUAGCAGUAAUAUUUAUUAUAAAAGUGAUAACAAGGAAAAUAUUAAUGAAUAUAGUAGUAAAAUGAGCACUGUCCAGAAUCCUGAUAAAAAUAAGAUAAUAUGUAACGUAGACUAUGAUGAAAGUAAAAAAUUAAAUGAUAUUAAUGAAUUUAAUUUAUUAUUAAAAGAAGCUAUAAAAAAAGCAAAUGAAUGUGAAAAUCCAAAAGAUGAUGUAGAAUUAGGCUGUGAUGAAAACCCUGAAGUGAUAAGAUUAAAAUAUUAUAAAUCUAAAUUUCACUUAGAUGAAACUGAUUAUAUAGAUGGAUUUGUUAAAAAUGUUGUUUAUAAAUAUAUUGAAGGAUUAGCUUGGGUAUUAGCCUAUUAUUUUCAAUCAUGCCCUAUGUGGCAUUGGUAUUAUCCAUAUUAUUAUGCUCCCUUAUCAUCUGAUUUAAUUAUUGACGAUAUAAGUUUUAAUUUUGAAAAAGAUGAACCCUUGUUACCUUUCGAGCAAUUGUUGUGCGUUUUGCCAUCCCAUUCAAGCCAUUGCUUACCAAAAGUCUAUAGACAUCUAAUGCUUCAUCAUGAAUCACCUAUUAUUGAUUUUUAUCCUAAAGCUUUUAAAGAAGAAGAAAAUGGAAAAAAGUAUAAAUACCAGUGGGUUAUUUUGCUUCCAUUUGUCGAUAAAGAUAGAAUAAUUAAACAUGCUAGGCCACUUCACGAUUUAUUAACAGACGAAGAAAAAAAAAGAAAUAGAAGAGGAUUAAAUAAAAUAUAUAUGGAUUCUACACAUCCUUUAUCCAAGCAAAUAACAAAAUCAAUAAAAAAAUAUUUAAAAAAAAUUAAAGAAAAUGAGAAACUAGAGGGAAAAAUAGUGAAAAAUAUAGAAAAUAAUAAAAAAAUGAAUAUUGAGCAAAUGGAUAAUACUAUUAGUAAGGAAGUAGGUACAAAACAAAAAAAAAAUAUACACAAUAGUUCUUCUUAUGAUGAUUUUUUUAAAAAUAUGAAUAUUGUAGUUCCAAUAAAUACUAAGAAAGAUGUUAAUUUAUUUGGUUAUUUGAACUGCAAGCAUGAAGAAAGCGAUGUAAAUAUUCUUAAAGAGAUAUUUAGAUUUUCCUCACAUUUCUCUACAACUUGUAAUAGUGCUUUCUUUAUACAACCAGAAUUUAAAAAACAUACAUCAUCACUUUUACCAAAUCAUAUAAAUCCAAAAAAGGUUUUAAAUGUACUUGAUAUAAAUAAUGAAGAAAGGAAACUUAGAUUUAAUGCAUCAGCUGCUAGAAGAAUGAUUUUAAAUAGUUUAAGCGCUAAUCAUCCUCAAAUAUAUUCCUUUUCAAAGGCUAAUAAUUUAAAUAGUAUAAUUAUAAACUACAAACAUUAUAAUUCAAACAUGUAUUUAAAUGACAAUAUGACGAACAAUAAUCAGAAUUAUAAUAAUAAGAAUAAGGAGCACAUGCAUAAUUAUCACAAUGUAAAUUUCAGUUCAUAUAUGAACAUUCAAAAAAACUAUCAUCAUCAUAAUAAAAACUAUCAAAAUUUAAAUUAUAAUGAGAAUUUUCCUGCACCUCAUAGAAAUUCAAGCAUAUACAAACUACCAAAAAAUAGCUCUACUUAUAUGUAUGACAAUAAAAAAGAUAAUAAUUAUCACAAUUAUGUGAAUCAAAAAAAUUUAUAUAACAAAGAUAGUGGUGCAAACUAUGAAUCUCCAUAUAAAAUUUCAUACAAUACUCAUAAUAAUAAUUAUAUAAAGAAAAGCGAAAAACCUUUUUCAAAUAAUUAUUAUAAUUCAAGUGUAAAUUAUCAUAAUAAUAAUAAUAAUAAAAAUUAUAAUAACGAGAGAAAUAAUUUUAGAAAUGAUUCCUUUAAAAACAUGAAGAACUCAAUUGGUAUGAAUAAAAGAACAACAUAUGAUGGCAGAUCAGUACCCUAUAAAAAUAAGGAAUAUUAA